ACAACACAAACUCCACGCCACACACUGGCACAAACAGUCAAGCCACUAAUCAGUCAGGGAGCCGCGGGCAGAGAGGCUGGGCGUGAGCUUUGCCGAGCCAGCCUGAGCGCGGAGGCCAGGCACAGAGGGUGAGCUCCGGCUGCUGAGAAGCCAGCGCUGGGGAAGCAGCAGAGGGCGAGGAGACCCAUCUCGGACAUCACCGCACCCCAGGCUCAGCCCAAGCAUCAGCCUCACAGGGGCUCCAGUAAGUGCUGCUUCUCCUCUCGGGGAUUUUUCCUCCAGCCUAUCAAGUAACCAGGGCACUCCUGUCCCUCUGGGAAACUUUCAGCUCUGCUCUCUGGAUCAAAAUCACUUAAUCCUGGGAUCUCAUCUCACCAUACACAAUGCUGGCUUAAGGUCUGUGCUGAGCAGAAAGCUGGAGGCGGGUGCUUCUAGCCCACUGGGAUGUCUCCCUGAUUCCUGCCACUCACUGUCCAGGAGGGACCAAUGGUCACCAUCUGCUCCUGAACCGGAUUCUGAGGCACCAGGUUGGUCUGUGGGCUCCCCUGGGUCCCAUGGAGACCUGGCGGAAAGGUUCCUUCCGAAAUGCCUCCUUUUUCAAGCGACUGAGCCUGGGGCGGCCUCGGAGACUCCGGCGACAGGGCAGUGUGCUCAGUCAGGCCAGCACAGCUGGUGGCGACCACGAGGAGUACAGCAACCGAGAGGUCAUCAGGGAGCUUCGAGGGAGGCCUGAUGGCCGGCGCCUGCCACUGUGGGGGGAUGAGCAGCCCCGGGCCACCCUGUUGGCCCCCCCCAAGCCUCCACGCCUCUACCGGGAAAGCUCCAGUUGCCCCAAUAUCCUAGAGCCAUCAUCCACCUACACCGCUGCCUACACGGUUACCCUGCCCUCUGCCUUCUCCCUGGCUGGUGCCCUCAACCAGUACUCUGAGGAGGACCUUUCGGACACUCCCUGCUUCCAGAAGACACCUGCUCCAGACCUCAGUGAUCCCUUCUUCUCCUUCAAAGUGGACCUGGGAAUUUCACUUCUUGAGGAGGUUCUACAGAUACUGAGGGAGCAAUUUCCCAGUGAGCCCAGCUUCUGAAUGGGGUGAGGAUGGGCAGAGGUGGGGAGACUGGAAGAGUCAGAAGCCCAGGUACCUAGGGAAGCAGGAUACAGUCAUGGACUAAGAAAAAGAUAGGGACAGAAACCCAGCGUCCUGAACUGUU